AUGGCGUCAAAUAGCGACUUCAAUGAUAUCAAGGCCUCCGCCAAGGAUAACGCUGCUGGCGUCUACGCCUACGGUCAGCGCCAGAUCAAUCGGGUCGUAAGCCCCGACACCAGACAAAAGGCGUUGGGCAAUGCCUACAACUUUGCUCAGGAGCAGCCAUUCCUCUUUGCCUUCAUCCUCUGCCAAUUCAUCUUCUCCUUCCUCCCAAUCCUCGUCUUCAUCUCCUUCUCCAUCUCGACCAUCGCCUUCGCCUUCGGUGUCGCCGUCGUCUUCUCCCUCUUCUGGAUCGGCAUUGCCCUUCUCGUCCUCGUCCCGACCCUCUUCUUUACCUGCUCAAUCGGCGUCCUCGUCUGGAUCUGGGCCGCCGGCAGCUUCGUUGUCGCGAAGCGCUUAUAUGAAUUGUCGCCGAUUCAUGCUAGAGGCGACCUGGAAGUAGACGCUCCCAACGGAAAGACUUAUGCAGUCACUAAGCGUGAGGACGGCGUUCACGUGCACGCCCACAAUUGA